CCCGCGGUGGGCAGAGAGGGUCUGGCGCUCCUGUAUCGCUGCUGCUUUUGCGGCCAACAGCACCCGCGGGCCAGCAUCUUCUACAACCUGCCCGCGAGCUCAAAACAAAUGCACGCGGCUCAGCCAGUGGCGCUGCCGGGGGCCCCCUGGUGGAACCCCUGGAGCGGCGCACAGCGGCGGGUGGCCCUCCAGAAUCCACAGGUGGUCUGCGAGGCAGCCUCGGCGGCCCUGCUGAGGACCAUGCGCUUCGUCAAGUACUUACCCUGUUUCCAGGUUCUGCCCCUGGACCAGCAGCUGGUGCUGGCGCGCAGCGGCUGGGCACCGCUGCUCAUGCUCGAGCUGGCCCAGGACCGCAUUAACUUCGAGAUCACGGAGACCUUGGAGCCCGGUUGGCUGCAGAGUGUCCUCACCACCAGGCGGCGGGAGACCGAGGGCGACGAGCCGCAACCUCUCCCUACACCGCAGGAGCGUUCGAUCCCGCCAACAGAGGCCAGGCUUUUGCCGUCAGCCGCUGAGGUCCAGGCUAUUAAAGGCUUCCUUACCAAGUGCUGGAGCUUGGGCAUCACUGCCAAGGAGUACGCCUACCUCAAGGGGAUCGUGCUCUUUACCCCGGACCUGCCAGGCCUGCGGUGUGUGAAGUAUAUUCAGGGACUUCAGUGGGGAACUCAGCAGAUCCUUGGCGAACACACCAGGAUGAUGUACAGAGGGUACCAUGUCAGAGUCGCUGAACUGAAUAGCGUCCUUUUCCAGCUUAGAUUCAUCAGUGCCAAUGCUGUUACUGAACUGUUCUUCAGGUCCAUCAUCGGCGCUGUCAGCAUGGAUGAUAUGAUGCUGGAAAUGCUCUGUACGACUUUAUAAAGGCAUCUAUGGGCCACACAAGUGCAGUUCACCAUGAAGCGAUAAGGAGUA